CAGACUCGUUCACGAACGACCCAUCACUAUUGGCUAGAAAUACUCUUCAAAGGGCAAGGAACGCAACGCAACAUAUAUUUCUGAAGGAACUUUACAUCGACAAAUACUAUAAUAAGGAUAUAGCUGAAGAAAAUAAUUAGCAAGAUGUAUAGACCUAAUUUGAUGUUUCUUGUUUUAUAUUUUUCACUAGAAUGUAUUUGCCGGAGCCAAAGCGACAUCUACUCCCUAAAUUACAUCUACACUGCCCUGUCAAAGCCACUAGAAUUGCCUGGUAUCCAUGAGUUCACUGCCAUGGGUCUGAUGAACAACAGACAGAUUGAUUACUAUGACAGUGUGUCAAAGAAGAAGAUUCCCAAACAGGAGUGGAUGAGGGAGAAGCUGCCAGCAGACUACUGGGAAAAAGGCACUCAGUCACGCAAGAGCAAGGAGCAGUGGUUCAAAGUCAACGUCAACAUCCUGAUGGAUCGCAUGAGGCACAACAACACUGAUUUGCAUAUUCUUCAGUGGAAACAUGGCUGUGAGAUUGACCAACAGAGUGACGGCACAUUGAAAUUCAUAAAGGGCACCGACCAAUACAGCUACGAUGGUGACGACUUCCUGGCCUUUGAUGAUGUCACUAUGCAGUGGGUGGCCCCAGUUGAUCAAGCUCUGCCGACUAAGAGGAAGUGGGACGGGGUGCAGAUCCUCAACCAGUACACCAAGGGCUACCUGGAGAAGGAGUGUGUGGACUGGCUGUCCAAAUUCAUGGAAUAUGGGCACAACAAAUUCAGUAGGGCUGAUUCCCCUCCAAAGGUCUAUGUAUUUGCUAAAAAGGCCAAAACUGCAGGACAUGUCCGACUGACCUGCAUGGCCACAGGUUUCUAUCCCAAAGAUGUGUUAAUCCAUAUUAAGAAGAAUGGUGUUACAUUAACCAAACAUGAUGGAGUGCAGUCUACAGGAGUCCUACCCAAUGAUGAUGACACCUACCAGAUCAGGAUGAGUGUGCAGAUCCCAGAGGCAGAUAAGGAAACUUAUGAAUGCUCUGUCAGCCAUAGAUCAUUGAAGGAGCCAAUUGUGGGAAAAUGGGAUGGAGAAUGUUGUGAUUGCAGUAGUUUCGGUGCUGUAGUCAUUGGGACAGUCAUCGCCAUUAUUGUAGUUCUGAUCUUGGUUUCGGUGGUCCUGUUUGUUCUGCACAGAAGAGGGACAAUUGUGAUUCCUGGCUUGAGAACUACAGCUACUGGCAAUGAAGUGGAAUUUUCUGGAGUGAACACUUUCGAGAAUGGUAAGGCAACAAAGUCUGUAAUGCCACAAAUAAACAAAUUACAGUACAUGAAGUUAGGUGUUGCCUCAAGGAAAGUUGCUUUUCUGUGACGGACAUACAAUAUUCACAAAACUAACUAAAGGCUGCAUUUUAUAAUUUAACAUUUUACAGAUGCUCUUAUCCAGAGCGACUUACGUAGUAAGGGUAUACCAUUUCUAGUACUGGUCCCCCGUGGGAAUCUAACCCACAACCUUGGUGUUGCAAGUGCUAUGCUUUACCAAUUGAUCCACGCGGGACACUGUAGAAUUGUAUUGUAGCUAUACAUUCAAACAUCUACUGACAUCUUCCUCUGUUUUUCUUUAGCUAAUCAUUUUUAAAAUGUUAUUUCACCUUUAUUUAACCAGGUAGGCCAGUUCAGAACAAGUUCUCAUUUACAACUGCUACCUGGCCAAGAUAAAGCAAAGCAGUGCGACACAAACAACAACACAAAGUUACACAUGGAAUAAACAAACAUACAGUCAAUAACACAAUAGAGAAAAAGUCUAUAUACAGUGUGUGCAAAUGAGGUAAGAUAAGGGAGGUAGGCAAUAAAUAGGCCAUAGUGGUGAAAUAAUUACAAUUUAGCAAUUAAACACUGGAGUGAUAGAUGUGCAAAAUAUGAAUGUGCAAGUAGAGAUACUGGGGUGCAAAGGAACAAAAAAAUAAAUAACAGUAUGGGGAUGAGGUAGUUGGAUGGGCUAUUUACAGAUGGGCUACGUACAGGUGCAGUGAGCUGCUCUGACAGCUGGUGCUUAAAGUUAGUGAGGGAGAUAUGGGUCUCCAGCUUCAAUGAUUUUUGUAAUUCGUUCCAAUCAUUGGCAGCAGAGAACUGGAAGGAAAGGCGGCCAAAGGAGGAAUGGGCUUUGGGGGUGACCAGUGAAAUAUACCUGCUGGAGCACGUGCUACAGGUGGGUGCUGCUAUGGUGACCAGUGAGCUGAGAUAAGGCGGGGCUUUACCUAGCAAAGCCUUAUAGAUGACCUGGAGCCAGUGGGUUUGGCAAUGAAUUUGAAGUGAGGGCCAGCCAACAAGAACAUACAGGUCGCAAUGGUGGGUAGUAUAUGGGGCUUUGGUGACAAAAUGGAUGGCACUGUGAAAGAGUGCAUCCAAUUUGCUGAGUAGUGUUGGAGGCUAUUUUGUAAAUGACAUCGCCGAAGUCAAGGAUCGGCAGGAUAGUCAGUUUUACGAGGGUAUGUUUGGCAGCAUGAGUGAAGGAUGCUUUGUUGCGAAAUAGGAAGCCAAUUCUAGAUUUAAUUUUGGAUUGGAGAUGCUUAAUGUGAGUCUGGAAGGAGAGUUUACAGUAACCAGACACCUAGGUAUUUGUAGUUGUCCACAUAUAAGUCAGAACCGUCUAGAGUAGUGAUGCUGGACGGGCAGGCAGGUGCGGGCAGCGAUCGGUUGAAGAGCAUGCAUUUAGUUUUACUUGCAUUUAAGAGCAGUUGGAGGCCACGGAAGGAGAGUUGUAUGGCAUUGAAGCUCGUCUGGAGGUUAGUUAACACAGUGUCCAAAGAAGGGCCAGAGGUAUACAGAUGGCAAUGGUAUACAAGUAUACAGAUGGCAAUACUAAUGGCAAUGGAGCGGCUGUAAUGGCGUUAAAAGGAAAUAGCAAGGUAAGACAACAGUCUUCAAUCACACAAAUAAACUAAAUCAAUUAGGUUAGGUGUUGCUUCAGAAAGUUGAUCGUAAAUUACACAUAAAUGUAUUCAUAAUGAGUUCUACAAGUAUGUGUAAAUACGAUCCAAAUGAUUGUAGAUUUUGGUUUUGCUGUUCUCAAAACAUUGAGAACAUGGCUGACCCCAGUAUGAGAGAUUAUCUGUGUGAUCAUUCACCAUAGUCCAAAGGUUUCCUUGGUUACUCUUUAAGACAAGCAAUGUUAGUAUGAUAAUGAACAUGCAGGGAAAUCUGAGUUACAGUAUGCCAGAGAACAGAACAAGGCACUAUUAUCAAUCACAUAUACACUAAAAAACAUUGUUUGCUUACCACACAAUCAGCAUAUGUUUCAUUAACAAAAUGGUUUCAUGAUAUUUCAAUCCUUAUCAAAUUUUUGGGGUGGCCAGAUGUUGGGCAAUAUCAAAUUACUGUAUCAUCUUUAUGGACAGUUAUUUUACAAAUGUUUUAUUUCAUGGUUAAUAAAUAAAAUAAAUAGCUAUGUGAUACAAGUAACCCAUAAUUAAUUUAGAUGAAAUAGAUUUUGCAGUACUUUAGAUGACUGCUUUGUCUGACAUUGUUGGUUGUGAGUUGUUUUUCCAUGUCAUUAACAAUAAGUAAUCAGUGUAACUACAUUUUCCACUGUAACUCGUGUUCAAUCUAAUAAUGCACAUCUUUUCCAUGUUGUCUAAUUUAUGUGCAGGUGGAUAGAUGACCAUUGGUGGCCAAACUUCCUGACCGGACCACGAAGGAACAUUAAUUCAUUUCAUAAUUUUAUAGGAUGGCUAUUGAUAACACUAUUCAGUUGCACGUUUUCAAUCUUAUAAGCUAGUGAUGGAAAUUAUAGUUACUUUGAUUCAAUGUGCUAAAAACUGCUGCAUUUAAUGGUUUUUGCUGUUCUUGAGUAAGUACUUGCUUCCAAAUAGAGACUCAUAAGUGGGGUGGAUAGGCACCGUUUGGGUCGUACAUUUCAUUGUUUUACUGUUACAGAGGAUGUUACUGUAUGGAGAGGCAUCUUUAAGGUUAUUGUAUCAUUCUUCAGGGAUUAUAACUAGACUUGUACUAGAUCAGGUACAUAAGCCAAUUGGCCAAUUAAUGACAUGCUCAUAUUUUAAGUAACAUUUCAAAAGAGUUAUAGACAAACAUUGCAAAUACUCUAAAUAUUAACAAUGCUCUACAGUAUUAAACAACACAAUUUGUACAUAUAUUUGCAGGAUAUUAAAACAAGAUAUACAAUAUGUUAAAAACACGAAUGAAACACACAAAUGUGUUAUGGAGAAAAUGUGCUUAUUUGUUAAUCAAAAUAUUACUUGAAAUAUUAUUUGUUAUGAUUGUUUAUUUCAACCUAGGGCCCAUUUCAUAACCGUUCACUGGGUUACCAGGCUAAGACAAAGCUACACUCUUGAAUGAAUAUACAGUGGAGUUUCUUUUAAUAUCACAUUUUAAAAAUUGAUUUAUGGAGAAGACAAAUAAUUACAACAUGCAGCCUUGAAGGUCAAGACAAAAAUAUUGUUUUCUCUUAUGCCAGAAACCUAGUCAGUGUUUUUUAAUGAAUAGGGUCUCUAGUGUUAUGAACUCUACCUGUGGACUAAAUGCAUUCACCAAAUGAUUUAAUACAUUUUGCAUAGCAUUGCUGUUACUAUUUACUAAACCACUAUUUUACAAGGCUUAUUGCAUACAUGCAUGCCCACGGACGUACACACACGUACACAAUGUAUGUAACCUGUACUGCUUUUGAAACAUCCUGUAUGAUUUGUUUUUCUGAAAGAAAUAAUAAAAAAAUACUAAUAAAAGCCA